UAUGAAUGCAAAUAAUCGUCAAAACUACUGGUACACAAUUCGGAAGAGAAACAACGAUAACCUUGAAACAUUCGUUAUAUCGCAAAAGAAAACAAACCAAGCCGGAUGGAUCUCUCUUCGAGACUCACUUCGACCUCGUCGCCUAUUAAAUUUUUAUUUAUCUCGUUCACGUAAGGCGUAAAUGUAAACGAGAAAUAUACACGGUUGUCGCGUUUUCUCGUGUUUUACACCCUGUACAUGUAAAUAAGCGAGUAAGACAACAAAGCGAGUGUAUAAAAUUUCUUGGUUACAUAAAUGAUCGGUUGUUAUUUCGUGUGCAAGGAUCCUUGAAUGUAUUCCUAGUUUGCUCCAGAAUCGUGCGUCGAAAUCUUUUUUUAGACAAGGCUUAAGCAAUCCAAGGGCGUCACGGAACAUGGCGGAGAAACAACGCCGAGACAAUCUUAAUACGAACAUCUCGGCGAUGGCCGCGCUUGUGCCCACUGUCGCCGAAAGCCCGAGGAAGAUGGACAAGAUAUCUAUCCUGAGAUUAGCUGCUAAUUUCCUCAGAAUACGAUACACCGUUGGACGUGGCGUAUCUGAGUUUCUACCUCGAGAACUUGGCGAUCUGGAUUUGGAACAGUACAUAGGCGAUAAUUUGAUCAAAAGUGGGAGCUUCUUUAUUGUUGUCACGACCACAGGAAAAAUAGUAUACGUCAGUCGGCAAGUUCAAGAGCAUCUUGGCCAUACUCAGGCGGAUCUACUUGGCCAUUCUCUCUACGCAUUCAUUCAUCCGAAAGAUGAAGAGGAGCUUGCGAGAAACCUUAACCCGGAUGAAAUGCAAGGUGUGGUAUCCUCGCCAGGUCCAUUGCCGCAGAUCACCGACGGAUCGAACGACAAUUCCAAUUCAUCGGAGGAUUCAACAUCUUCGAAGAAUGGGAAAACGUUCCAGAAUCAGAGGCGGAAUUUCGAACUUCGAAUGUUGCAUCGUACUUCAUCGAGGCGGGAGCAUACACAGUACGAAUGGUUCGAGUUCUCUGGAAUGCUCAGGCUUGCGGAUGCUUGCAAAAAUUCCGCGUCAAAUGUUAAUCGAUCGAGACAUCGAGAAAUUACUUCAACCAGUAACGACAUCGUUUUCGUGGGUGUAGCACAAUUAUUGAUGAAGCAGCCACUCACGAAAAUUUCAAUAAUAGAUGCUAAUAAGAACGAGUAUAUCACUCGACAUUUGGUAGAUGGCAGGAUCAUUUAUUGUGAUCAUAGGGUGUCAGUUGUGGCUGGAUAUUUAUCGGAAGAAGUAUCGGGUAUGAGUGCUUUUGGUUUCAUGCAUAAAGAUGAUCGUAUCUGGGCGAUGGUUGCACUUCGUCAAAUGUACGAUCGCGCGGAAACUUGUGGAUCAUCUUGUUAUAGAUUAACAUCAAAAACAGGAGAACCCAUUUAUCUACGCACUCAUGGAUAUUUAGAAGUAGAUAAGGAUACACAAAUUGCAGUAUCCCUUGUAUGCAUAAACACAUUAGUAUCGGAAGAAGAAGGAAUACAACUUAUGCAACAGAUGAAAAAAAGAUUCUCGGCUACGAUUUCUGAAACCAUGAGAGCCAUGAUCCAAAAUGGAGAUGAUGCAUCUAUUGAUUUGGGUUCAGACUCUCAAAAUCCAAAUUCGAAAAGUAACAUGGAGGAUCCCGCACAAUUAGAGGACGCUAUCACAUAUCUAGUUAGUGAUCUGUCAUCACCCCUUCCGGAAGAUUGUUUGUCACCUCCUACACAAAAUGAACAGUAUGCGAAAGCUGCUAUGAUAUCACAACAUUUACCUCCUGCUGAAGCCCAAGCUCGAAGACUUGGAAUUAAGAAAAUCGAUCAUUAUUUAAUGGUGCAAGCCAAGACAAAUCAUAAUCAGAAAUCAGAGUCAAAGACAAAUAAUAAUAAGAAUAACUCUAAUGAGAGACAAGAAAACACGAGAUCGUCAAGAAAAACUGUACAUGAAGUUACGAAACAAACACGUAAUAGUACACAAGAUGAACAGAAUUCAUCACGAACUAAUAAUAUGUCUAAUGUAGAAUCAUGCGUAAAUAUUCAACGAAAACCUGGAAUAUCUCAACUUGAACUUCAUCAAAAUGUAGAUAUUUUGAAUCCUAAUACUACAGUUAAGAAACCUGUCGCAACAAUAGAAAAUAAUCCAUGUAACAUAAAAAUUGAACGUAACAUGGACGUUUAUACGCACGAGACAAUGAUUGAAUACUUUGAAAAGAAUACGAUUGAUAAUGUUACUUCUGAUUUGAAGGGUCAUCCAUAUCCAUUGAAGAGGAUAUAUAGUGACGAAGAUAUUAAGACAGGUUGCAAUAAAAAAAGACAGUAUAAUAAUGUUCCUUAUGCAUCAUCGGAUACAAGCGACGAACAGAAUGUCUCUUACAUUGAUUGUAAGCCUUUCGUUGACGAAGAAUUUUCAGAACUUUCAACGGAUUUCAACAAUAUAAAUCCUCAGUCACUAAAGAUUGCUGAAUCGCCAAAUUCAAGUCUAAGUGAGGUCAUAACUGAUUAUCAGCAAGUGGAUUCUAGUAUACCACUUAUAGCUCCAAAUCCUGAAUUGGAACCGGAAUAUGGCGAUCUUCAGGACAAUGCAUUGCUGAGCCCAGACCUGGAAGCAAAUCCAGAACUGAUAAUGAAAAUAUUUGAUGACCUAAGGCAUAUACCAAUUCUUGAAAAUACUUUUAAUGAAACAGAAGUACAAUUAACAGACAAUAUGGUAAUCAAUAAAGAAAUAAGGAAAAAACAUCUUCAACUUAUGAAUAAUAUAGCACGCCAAGAAUCACAAUUGAAUGUUUUGGCACGAGACUUCAAAAAUCCAGCUUUACAAGCAAAAAGAGGAAGUUUAACGCCAUUAGAGGUAGAACAUAAUAUGCAGAAACAAAUUCUUGAGACUUUACAAAAAGAUCACAUGCAAAUAAAUAUAAAACAUAAUAUUGGUGUAUAAAAAUAAAAUUCGGAGUUUGGAAUUACUUUUACCAAAAUAUUUCUUUGGAAGAUAAUUAUUCUUAAGAAAUAUACAGUUGACAAACAAAAGUGUGCAUAUAAUUGCACAUUAAAUAUUUCAUUGAAGUUUAUUACAACUUAUUCCUCAACCAAUGAUAACUAAUGAAAUACUAAGAAGAACGUAACAAUCUGCAAUUGCAUAAUAAUCGAUUUAUAUUACAAUUCAUCAAAGGAAAGAUAAUAAUAUUUAUUAUCAAAGACGUUUAGUGAAAAUGUAGUGUUGAUUAAGAGAACUUCAAUAUUCUGUGUUUUUAAAUUGAAAUAAGAAGAAGCAUCAUAAGUAGACAAUGUAUAAAAUAAUCAAGAUGUAUAUUUUACAUCAUAUUCAUGGAGACUUUUUGAAAGUCUAAUGUGAACAUUAUACAUCGCCAUGUUUGGCGCACAUAUAAAUACAUAUAUUUCAAUAACUGCUUGAAACAUAUACGUAAAUUGUAUUGUAUAUGAUGGGCACGUUUUACAGUUUUGAAGGUCCAAUGUUGCGCAGUUUUCAAAUUUUAUCAUAAUUAACUUUUAUAUAGCGUUAAGCCAAUUUUAAGCGGCUAUGCUAUUUAUUUAGCCUCCAGGACUGUUUGUGCUUGGCUAUUGUUCUCGAUUGAGAAUGAAAAUUAUCUCUACGUCGAAUGACUAUGAUAUGUAUAUGUACUAUAUAUAUCGGAUGGAUACAGUACCAGUUCUGUUUAAAUCCUAUUAAUUAUUGGAAUUCAAAAUUAUA